AUAAAUAGUAAGUAGGAGCUUAUUCACAUGCAGUACCUUUUAAAUGAAAGAGGAAUUAUAGAUGUAUACGUUGAGCAUGUGUGUGAUGAGCCAAACAUUUUAGAUUUGCUUGAGAGUGGCACUACUUUACAUGAAGCAGCUGAUGAAGGUACAAUGGACAUUAGGGAAGGUUGUGUGACACAAAAUUCACCACCAGCCCCAAAUUGUAGUGAAGCUCCAAAAACAGCUAAAGGUGAGGGUGAUGAAAUAGAUGCAGUGCAUGGAGAUGAUGAGGAAAGUGGGGAAGGCUGUGUGACACAAAAUUCACAACUAGUCCCAAAUUUUCAUGAAGCUCUAGCAAUCGAAGGUGAUACUGAUGAAACAGAUGCAGUGCAUGGAGGUGAUCUAACCGAACAACAAGAUCAAGAGAAGAAUGCUCAUGAUGAUGAGGACUUGCUUGAUGUUGUACAUAGUGAUGUGGAUGAUGAGGAGGAUGAAAGGGUUCCCGUAGGAACUGAUGGCCAUGGAGAUUUGGCUUCUGAUUCUAGCUUUGAAAAUAAUGAAGAUGAAUUUGAGGUUUCUAAUGAUGAUUCGAGUGAGUACAACGUUGUGGAUGAAGAUGAACCUGAAGAAGAAGAGGAAGAUGUAAGAACUACCAGAAAUGGUGAUUUAUGGUUUAAUCCUUCAUGAACUAAUGUUUGGUUUUGAGAUAAGGAUGAAGUUUGAGAAUGUUGCAUAGUUUAAAGAAGCUAUAGCUAAGUACCAAAUUCAAAAAGGCUGUAAACUGAAACUUGUUAAAAGUAACCCCACUAAGCAGAGAAUUCAUUGUGUUAAUCAACAAUGCAAUUGGCA